AUGAAACGAACACGAUCCAGAAGACGACGAGUGAGGACAUCCAUGCUGGUCCAGUAUGUGGGCGUGCUGCUGUUGCUACUAAGCGGCAGUCAUCGCUGUAGUGCGGACGACAUGAGCAAUACAACAACAACAAAAGUGGAGACAUUUGAACCGACCAUGGAGCCAACGCCGGAACCGACUGCUGAACCGACGCCCACGUUCCUGGCGACACUGGCACCUGUCUUGGAACAGAUCUUGACCGCACCAACCGUGGAGUUGGAAAAUCCCGGUGAAAUCAAUGCGUACUUUCAUUUGGAUUUUGACAUUCGCAGUGGUCUACUAGAAGAAGGACACAUGAACGAAACCGAAGUGGCGCUCUUUGAAUUCUUCAUGGGACGCAUGCAACGGAAUUACUUGCCGAGAGAUGUCUACGAACUCAUUGUCGUGGACUGCUACUUUCUACAACAAGGGUUCUUUGUCGAUGGAGAUGAACUCAUCUUCUUUCCUUCGGUACUCACAGAGGCACCCACCGUGGCACCAACCAUGGCUACUACAAGUAGUACUAUAUUCCCAACAGCACCAACAGUCGUUGUGGAAGCUGCCACGGCACAACCUCAACAACCGACACCACAAGCAACAGUCACUACCACCACAACCACCAGUGCUCCCGUUACUAGAGCACCACAACAGUCAAACAAUAAUAAUAAUAAUGCCAGACAAAGAUGGUUAGAGUCUGUUCAGUGGAACAAGCAAUUCGCAUUACGGCAAGCAAAACAGACAAAAGGAAAGCACAACAACACGACAACAAUACCAUCCAUCAAACGAAACGCAACACUGUCAUCCAAACAGUUGAGCAACAACAAGAAGAAGAAAAAGAGACGAUUCUUACAACAACAACAACAACUCACUGGCUUGAAUGGAACACACCACUUUCGAUAUUCAUUCCAAAUGCACUAUCGAUCCAAUUCACCAAGAGCCAAUCUCACCGAUCGACCAGGAGAGUUGCAAGAGUAUGUCAACACCAACAAAGAAAAUAUUAGUAUUGGACUGGCACAGAUUAUAGGAGUCCUUCCGUACGAACGACUCGCCAUUGUCAACAUGAACGAAACCGCGGCCAUUACGGAUGCUCCCACUACAAGCCCAUCCGCGGCUCCAUCGGCUAGCUUUGCUCCUUCUGCGGCUCCUUCCAUCUCCGCGGCACCCUCCUUGUCAUCAUCACCUUCGGCGCUCCCAUCCAAUCCACCCUCACAAGCACCCUCUUUGUCGCCCACGUUGUCGCCAUCGGCGUUUCCCACCUUUGUCUCGAAUCAAACCGAACUAGAAAAUGUCGAAGUACACUUUACCGUCAUUGCGCCGCCUACGGCAGGAUACAUGAACGAAUCACAAGAAGAAGAGUUUUGUGCCCAAAUGGUCAGUCGAACGGCGGUGUUUGCACCCGAUGCGGUCGACAGGGUUGUUUCCGAAUGUACAUUCUUUGUCGAAUCCUUCAUUGUCGAAGCCAUUCCUGUUACGCUGGCGCCAACGACGCAACAAGAAUUGAUCUCCACGGCAACGCCGGCACCUCAAACCAGACGGCGAUUACGGAGACAACCACAACCAAAACAAACGAAUAGUAGUACUACCAAGAAUGCGACGUUAUUGCCACCGUCGUGGCGAAAAACUAGAUCACAAUGGAAGCGAUGGAUAUCCGCCAACAAGAGAAACACGACCAAUACAACCACGACAUCAUCAACAACAACUACUACAACCAAUACUAUACUCGAUCAACGGCGCAUUCAAGAAGCAUCCGAUUCAUCCGUCCGGCACACGUACAUUUACCCAUUUCGAAUGAGGUACACGUCCGACAGUGAAGACCUCGAAAACUUUACCACGCUCUUCCUCUAUAAUCUCGCCGAUAGUGCGGCAUGGUUCAAUCCCAUGUUGACAGAGAUAUUGCAUCUCAAUGCCAGCAAUGAAUUGCAAAUCCAACAAGUCACUACAUUCAUUACCAAGUCGUCGGCACCAACCAUGUCGUUAAUGCCCAGUGAAAGUCCCACCAACUUUCCGACCGAACCACAGCCCACUUACUUUCCCACGCUGGAACCUACAGAGCGACCGCCACCGACCGAUGGUCCGACCUUGGGGCCGAGCUUUUUCAAUGAGAACUUGACCGAAGCGAUUGCGUCGAGAGCCGAUGGGACUGGUAACAAUGACGGCGAAGGAAGCAAUGGUAGCAACAAUGAAAACACACUCAUUAUUGUCAUUAUCGUGGUGGCCAUUGUAUCACUGGCGAGUUUGGCCGGCAUGGCAUGGUUCUACAAGACACGACAAUCCAAAAUGCAACAGUUGCUCAUGGAAAACAUGUCGGCCAAUGCGGCCGAAGAACAUUCGUCACGCAGUGGUGCACGAGGACGGAACAAGCAUGGAACGGUAGAAACCAGUCGAGGCGGUCGAUACGAUGUCACGGUAGCGACAAGUCCACUGAGUAGUUCCGGAGAUGGAAUGGCCAAUUACCAAAUGCAGCGCGGUGGUGGCAACAAUCUGGUCAUGUCUCCCAGUACCAGUGAAUCCAUCUUGUCCAAUCCGUCGCUGCUGUCGAAUGGACAAGGCGAUGAUGAUGACGACGAAGAAGAAGAUUUGGUGGCCGAAGUGGAUGAUCCGUUGGAACGACAUUCCAAGCUGUCUCCGUUGGAUGAAUUGGAUCGAUUCAAGGAUCAGAAUCUGGAAAAGAUGCGAUCGGAUGUGGAAGACAAUGUCACUGGCAUGGAUGGUAUGAUGAGUCAGGCACUGACCAUGGCACUCAUGCCCGGUGGCGACAAUGCGUCGGGGUUGCUCUGGGCGGGUGCGUCGGAUCCCAUGCAGAUUGAAGCCAAUGCAUUGUGGGAGGUGACGGACUGGAUGAAACGAAACGAGGGUUCGUCGGUCGAUGACAAACAAACCUUUAUGCAGUUGAUGCUUAACAAGAUGGUCACAAGCGUACGGCAAGGAAUAUUAGGGCCAGACGACGCCUCGAGGACCAUUCAUGAAUGCGCCUUUUUGCUGAAUUUGCAACUGGCAAACGAUCUUCCUCCUACGACGAUUAUUCUAUCGGGGAUGCGAAAGACGGUCCGAGCCAACGACGUAUUGCGAGCCUUUCGGCGCUUUGGGCACAUUGACGAUGCGGCUGUGGCAUCCAACCAACGUGGCUUUGGAGUGGUUCGUUUCCGCAGUCCCAAAGCCGCAGAUGAUGCGCAUUCCAAGUUCAAGACAGGAGAGAUUGUGGUUCAAGAUGUGGCCGUGCAGGUCCGUGUCCUGAAACCUGAAAGUCAAUAG